CUCAACCAACCGCCUCACAGCCACAGGUUCAACCAAAUCCGGAUGCUAAACAUGAUAACGAUAAGCCAAAAAUUCCUAUUACCUCACAAUAUACAACUUAUUCUGAUGUUUGUUCAGAUAAUCCAUCCUGUAAAACAGACACUAACAAACAAGAUACCGGUAAAACCGAAACUAUACAAAAUCCUGUCCAUAAAACCAGAACUACCAUACCGUCAGACUACGAUAGUAAAACAAUAACUGCAUUCGUAACUAAAGUAGUUACAGUAACCGUUACAGUAUAUGUUCCAGGCUAUACAACUACUCUUACUGAUUACAAGAAUGGUGAACCAAUAUCCUAUGAAACUUACUAUCCACCAAGUACUAAGAUUAUCUUGGAAACUGUCACUUCUGUUGCACCCGCUGGUUUUGAAUUUGAAGAGAGUAAAGAGAGUAAAGCAAUAAAAUUAGGUCAUUAUG